AUGGCGGCAGGUAGCGGCGGGGCGGGGGCGGCGUUCUCGGGGCACGGAGGUACCGGGGCCGUCACCGGGGGCGGCGGGGCUCGGGACACGGAGAUAACGGAGGCGUCGCCGGGCUCGGGGGCGAUACUGGAUCUGGGGGGAGUCGGAGCACGGCGAUACCGGAGGCGUCACGGGGGCUGGGGGGACUCGGAGCAUGGGGAACGGGGCGUCAACAGGGCAGGGGUCCCCGGUACAGGGGGUAACAGGAGGCGUCCGGGCGGGGGUACCGUUCCCCCGCCGAUCUCGGUACCGGCAGCCUGGCAGCGUCCCUACCUGAACAUCUUCAAGCAUUUCCGCGUGGAGGAGUGGAAGCGCUCCGCCAGGGAGGGGGACGUGGCCGCCCUCACGGAUGCGAGGCUGAAGGGAACCGUCUACCGGAUCCGGGGCUCCGUCCCCACCAGCAGCUACCUGCAGCUGCCCCGGACGGGGACGCAGUCGCUGGGGCUGGCAGGGCGCUACCUCUACCUGCUCUUCAAGCCCAUGCCCCGCAAGCACUUCGUCGUCCACCUGGACGUCGCCACCGAGGAAAACCAGGUGGUUCGCAUCUCUUUCUCCAACCUCUUUAAGGAGUUCAAAUCCACAGCCACCUGGCUGCAGUUCCCCUUCAUCUGUGGAGCAGCCAAGGGCUCGGUGUACGACUGCACGGCCAGGGCGUCCAGGCGGGAUCUCGUGGGAUCAGCCCCUGCUGAUGUGCGCUGGACCUGCCUGGUGCUUGACCUCCACUCCAUCCUCUCCCUCUACCUCAACCGCCGUUACAGCCACCUGAAGAGCAUCAAGCUCUGCUCCAACCUGCUGGUGAAAAACCUCUGCACGAGCGACUUGGUGUUCGAUCCAGGUGUGACCUUCUCCGAGGCCCGGCAAGCCGACCUGGCCUGCCGCGGGGUCGCUCCCAUGCCGCGGGAAAUGGCUUUCCCUGUCCCGAAGGGAGAGAAGUGGCAUGACCUCUACGACUACAUCAGGUUCCCAUCCGAAGGGUCCAAGCUGCCGUACGACUCCAUCCAGAAGAGCUGUGCUGGUCAUGUGGCAGGUGGCCAAGUCUCAGGGGACCCUCUCUGCCAGCUGCCCCAGCCGGUGACACUCACCAAAGCAGUCCGUGACCGACUGUCCCUCAUCCAUCAGAUAACCAGUCCCAAAGCUAUGCCGCGCCGGUGUCCUGUAAUUACAAAAAGCAUCCCUGAGGUUAACUUGACAGCCCCGGGGCUUCCAAGAGCCGUGCCUGCUGCAGACCAGGAACUAGAGAAGAACCAGAGACCUCACAGUGCGGGGGACACUGGGCAGUCACCGGUAGUCAGUGAUGGUGGCAUCCAUGUGUACGCUCACCACAGGAGCAAACAAACCAUCCGAGCUGUCCACACCAGCUCAGAGGAGAGCGUGUACAGGAAGGGCCCUGGACCAGGCGUGCCGUCCGGCAGGAGAGCCUCUGCCUACAGGAGGCUCUUACCAGAUCCCAUCCUGAAGCUGAGAAUGAUUAUUGGCUUUGGAGGCUACAGCACCAAAUGGGCGCUGUGGACUCAGAACAACGCUGCAGUGGUCUACCCCUGCCAUGCUGUUAUAGUGACCCUGCAGAUCCAGACCGGAGAGCAGAGGUUCUUCACUGGACACACGGAUAAGGUGUCGGCGCUGGCCUUCAAUGGGAACAGCACCUUGCUGGCUUCCGCGCAGGCGGGUUCCCUGAGUGUGGUGCGCCUCUGGGACUUCCCGACAGGCAGCUGCCUCUCAGUGUUUAAAACCCACGUCCACUCCCUCUCGUCCCUGAGCUUUUCCUACAGCGGAGCUGUUCUGUGUGGCGUCGGAAAGGAUGGGCACGGCAAAACGAUGGUGGUGGUGUGGAACACUGCUCAGGUGACCCGUGGCAGAGAGGUGGCUGUGCUGGCCAAAGCGCACACUGAUGUGGACAUCCAGGCCUUGAAGAUUGCUUUUUUUGAUGAUACCAGGAUGGUAUCGUGUGGCCGGGACAACGUCAGGCUGUGGCGAGUGCGGAGCGGAGCGUUGCGCUCGUGUCCCAUCAAUCUGGGCGAGUACCAUUCCCUGGAGUUCACAGACCUGGCCUUCGAGGAGGGGCACACGGCGGAGCGGGAGCCGGAGGACCGCACACUCUUUGUCUGCAGCAAGAGCGGCCACGUCCUGGAGGUGGACUACAAGAAUGUCUGCAUGAAGAGCGUACGGCGGCUCCUGCCCGCACAGCCCCAGGGCUGCCAGUGGCAGGACAAGGCAAGCAGCGGCACAGGCCCUGGGAUCGCUAUAAACAGUAUUAGCAUCUCCUCAACCUUCUGUGCCACGGGUUCAGAAGAUGGCUACCUGCGGCUGUGGCCACUGGACUUCUCAGCUGUUGUCUUAGAGGCAGAGCACGAGGCUCCAGUGAGUUCUGUCUGCAUCAGCCCGGACAGCCACAAAGUCCUGUGCACAACCGCUGCUGGGAAUCUGGGCUACCUGGAUAUCCAGUCCCGGGACUAUAACACCCUCAUGCGCUCUCACGAGGACUCUGUUUUGGCAUUCUCAGUGGAGGGCAUUUGGAAGCAGAUGGCAACGGUGUCUCAGGACAAUACCAUCCGAGUCUGGGACCUUGUCUCCAUGCAGCAGCUGUAUGACUUCACAGCUGCAGACGAAAUGCCGUGUGCUGUGGCCUUUCACCCUACCCAGCAGAUCCUGGCCUGUGGCUUUGACAGCGGGAUGGUGCGGACCUUCAGCCUGGCCGCCUCCGAUCUCCUGGUAGAGCACAAGCAGCACCGCACUGCGAUAACUGGACUGACCUUCUCACCAGAUGGCAAUUUCAUGUUCAGCUCCUGUUUGCAGGGAACUCUGGCUCUUUACAGCUGUAUGGUGCAGAAAAGCCAUGUCCUGAGAGUCCUGGGCAACGUGGUGGCCCGGGAUGCCGGGAGUGGCCCGGAUGCUUUGGUGGUCAGUGGGGACAGCUGUCUCUUGGCCUUCGUGGGUCCCUCCAAGUACAUUGUGACUGUGAUGGAGGCCUGCUCUCUAGAUGAGCUGCUGAGGGUGGACAUCAGCAUCCUCGAUUUGAACAGCACGGCCUUGGACUCUGCAGUGAAAGUCUGCUUUGCUCCUGUGCCUCAAGGCGAGCUCCUGGUAUCUACUUCUUCCAAUAAAAUCCUUGUGCUUGCUGCAAAAACAGGACGACUGGUGCGAGAGGUGUCUCCCGUGCACAAGCUGUCCUGUUCUUCCUUGGCGCUGAGCAAGGAUGGCAGGUACCUGCUCACUGCUGGCGACAAAGUUAUCAAAGUGUGGGACUAUCAGAUGCGCUUUGAGAUCAACUUCCAGGUGUACAUCGGCCACUCGGAGCCAGUGCGCCAGGUGGCCUUCACCCCAGACCAACGGCACGUCAUCAGCGUGGGAGAUGCCAUCUUCCUCUGGGAUUUCCUGGCUCUGCCUGCAGAGAGGUCACUCCCAGCUGGGGCUCAUUCCUCUGAGUCUGCUCUGCUGCUGGGAGCAGAAGGGAGCUCUGAGAAGCUAAAGGAUGCCUCUGAGACACCUCGGCAGACAGUGCCUCUUCCAUUGUUGUCCUCGCCACCAUGUUUGGAUGUCAGCUCUGUCCACCAAGCGGGAUGUCAAAGUAUUUUCUCCGAGUCGGACAAAGAGGAGGAAGCAGGCCUGCCAGGCAGUGGCAGGAUGGUGGCGAACGGAGACGAAGAUGCCUCGGUCCUUGUGGUGGAGUCAGUCAGAAACGAAGAGCUUGUUGUGAGGCCCAAAGUAAGGCAGGAGAGCUCAAGGUCUUCUGGAGAAUCAGCAAAUGAACCCAGAAAGGAGACCCAAAGUCCCAAGUCCCAAUACUCCGUCCGCCCAGAUUCCUACCGCCAUUUCACUCCUCGCUUUAAGGCAUCGGUGCUCCCCCAGAGUUUCUUAUGUCCUCCAGCUGGCAGUGAGGUCUUGAAGCUGAAAGCAGUGAUCGGCUACAAUGGGAAUGGCAGAGGGAAUAUGGUGUGGAACCCAGACACAGGCUUCUUUGCCUACACCUGUGGCUGCGUCAUUGUGGUUGAAGACCUGCACUCGGGAUCACAGAAUCACUGGCUUGGCCAUGCAGAGGAGAUCUCUACACUUGCUGUCAGCUAUGAUGCCCAGGUUCUUGCCUCUGCCUCGGGAAAGAAGAAUGGAGACUCCUGUUGUCAGAUCUGCAUCUGGAACGUCCAGGAUGGGGUUUGCACAGCAAGUCUCUUCCAUCACAAGACACAAGUACAAGCCAUGGCAUUCUCUCGGGAUGAUAGAUUCCUUGUUACCCUAGGGGACUACAGCGAUCAAACCAUUGCUCUGUGGAAUACCUACACUUACGAACUCAUGUCAUCGACUUGUAUCUCGGAGCCAGUCCAUGACGUGGCUUUUAGUCCUCUUUCUCACAGAGAACUGGCCUGUGUGGGGAAGGGAGCCACGAUGUUUUGGCUGUUGGAGCAGCAGGGAUCUGAUGUCAACCUCAAGGUUCAUCGGGCCCCUGCCCCGGACAUGUUAGGGCCGGUGGAGCUGACCUCUCUCUGUUAUGGUGCCGACACUCUUCUUUAUAGUGGCACCAACUCAGGCCAGAUCUGUGUGUGGGACACCGAGACUAAUUGCUGCUUCAUGACGUGGGAGGCUGACGAGGGCGAGAUUGGUGUGCUGGUGUGUCGGCGCAACAGGCUGGUGAGCGGCAGCAACACGAAACGCAUCCGCCUGUGGGCGGUGGCCGCCGUGCAGGAGCUGAGGCUGAAAGGUCCUGAUGCCAGGUCUAGCUCAGUCCUGCUAGAAUAUGAGAUCACCCUUGACGGGACAAUAGUCAGUGCAGCCUUCGAUGACUCUCUAGAAAUGGGAAUUGUGGGCACCACGGCAGGAACCCUGUGGUACAUCAACUGGACAGAGAGCACAAGCAUCCGACUAAUCAGCGGCCACAAGAACAAGGUGACCGAAGUGUGCUUCAGUCCUGACGAGACUCACUGCGCAACAUGCGGGGAAGAUGGCAGUGUGAGGAUUUGGUCUCUGGGCAGCAUGGAGCUGGUGGUACAGUUCCAGGUGCUCAACCAGAGCUGCCAGUGCCUGGCCUGGAAGCCUUGUCCCAUCGUUGUGUGGGGAGCUGAGAGCCAGCAUGUAGUGGCAGGGUACAGCGAUGGCACCAUCCGCGUGUUCAGCAUUUCCAGGACAGAGAUGGAGCUGAAAAUGCACCCCCAUGCCGUUGCACUGACGGCAAUUGCCUACUCCACAGACGGAGAAAUGAUCUUAUCGGGAGGCAAGGAUGGGCUCGUUGCUGUCAGCAGCCCUCGAACUGGAAUGACUAUCCGCAUCCUCACUGACCACAAAGGCUCCCCCAUCACUGUUCUCCAGUGCACCAGGAAGCAGUACCGCGACUUUGGGGUGGAAGGAGGCGAGCUCUGGCUGGCCACCAGCUCGGACCGGCGGGUCAGCGUCUGGGCCUCCGACUGGCUGAAGGACAAGUGCGAACUCCUCGACUGGCUCAGCUUCCCGGCUCCCGCUGGCCCCAAGGGUCUCGGCAGCCUCCCGCCCAGCCUGGCUGCCUUCUGCCCUUGGGAACACGGUACCCUCGUCUACAUUGGCUUUGGGAUGCAGAAAGAAGCCUUGUUUUACAGUCUGCGCAAGAAACAGGUAGUUGAGAAGAUCUCCUUGCCGUACUUUGCCACAUCGCUCAGCCUGUCUCCGGCAGCGCGCUUCAUGGCUGUCGGCUUCGGCGAACGGCUCCUCAGGCUGCUGCGCUGCCCCGCCAGCGAUGCACAGGACUACGCUGGCCAUGACGACACAGUCCACCUCUGCCGCUUCUCCCCCUCCGGCCACCGACUCCUCACGGCCUCCCACAGCGCCGUCCUCGUCUGGGAGCUCGCAGGCCCCCAUGGACCAGCAGCACUUCUCCAGCGCGGGAGGAAGGCUGGGGCCAGGCCCCAGCUCCUAGGCGAGGCCCCGGCUUAGGCCUCAACCAGGCCCCAGCCGCGGGUUGCUGGGGUGGGAUGCGGCGGCGGGCCCGCAGGCCAGGCCCGGGCGGUCGCGGGAUGCGUUUGGUUUUUUUUUUUUUUUUCCUUUGGUUUGUUUUUUUUUUGUUUAUGUUUCUUGUUAAUAAAACAUCGAAAGCGGAA